CUCCCUUGUUUUCUGAAUACGAUGGAAUUUUAUAAAUAUUUCGUUAGUUACCUUUUCUAGUUUUGUAACAUAUGAGUUACUAUUUGAACAUAAAGACAAUAAGUUUUACUGUUGCCGCUCUGCAGAGAAGUGAAGUAAUACUUUAAACCACAAAGUGAAUAUCCGCCAGCAAAAUGGAUCAGAUGCUUCCAAGUCCGUACAAUAUCCCGGGGAUCGGGACCCCGUUACAUCAACCCGAGGAGGACCAGCAGAUUUUACCGAAUGCUAUGCAGCAGCAGCAGCAACAGCAAAGUCAACAACAGCAGCAUUCUCUGGCCGCACUAGGCUCCUCGCCACUCGUCGGCUUCGGUUCAUCUCUUAUGGGCACUCCGCAGCGUUCUAUGCACACAUAUGCUCCGACCGCAAGCUACUCUACUCCCCAACAGAUGAUGCAGCCGCAAACUCCGCAAAAUCUGAUGUCUCCGAUGAUAACAAGUGGCAGUUUAGCAGGCCAGCAGAUGUUGAGUCAAGCUAGUCCAGCUCAACCCAUGACCCCAAUGACCCCACAUUCCGCAGAUCCUGGAAUCCUUCCACAACUACAGAAUAUUGUCUCUACUGUAAAUUUAAACUGUAAGUUAGACUUAAAGAAAAUUGCACUGCAUGCUAGAAAUGCAGAAUACAAUCCGAAACGUUUUGCUGCUGUUAUCAUGAGGAUAAGAGAGCCACGUACCACUGCACUAAUAUUUUCAUCAGGGAAGAUGGUCUGCACAGGUGCAAAAAGUGAAGAAGAUUCCCGAUUAGCUGCUAGAAAAUAUGCUAGAAUCAUACAGAAGCUUGGAUUCACUGCUAAGUUUUUAGAUUUCAAAAUCCAGAAUAUGGUGGGAAGUUGUGAUGUCAAAUUUCCCAUCCGCCUUGAAGGUUUAGUGCUUACUCACGGACAGUUCAGUUCAUAUGAACCAGAGCUCUUCCCUGGACUCAUCUAUCGAAUGGUUAAACCUAGAAUAGUGCUUUUAAUUUUCGUAUCUGGCAAAGUUGUGCUUACUGGUGCUAAAGUAAGGCAAGAAAUCUAUGAGGCAUUUGAUAAUAUUUAUCCAAUUUUAAAGAGUUUCAAGAAACAAUAGUAGUAAUUAAUUGUUGGUCUUUUAUAUUUUUUAAGUUAUUUUUGUAAGUGAUAAAACUAAGAUAAUUUUGUGUA